GGCGGGGCUCCCUGGUUUCACACUCUGAUGAAAUGUGCCUCACAUGCCUAUGCACUUCACUCUGCAUUUUCAACCAGCUGUUCCAGCCAGAAUCCAAAUUCUCCAGCUCCAAAAUCCCAGUCCAGUAGUGCCUUAGUGCACUAGCAGGUACACAUGCCCAGAGGCCAGUUUGCUAUGGUACUUCACACUUCCCAAGCCUCAUCUAAUGGUCUCCAGGCUAGAUGCAUUCACACCACCUCAGUGGCACAAGGCUAUAUCACUAACACAGAGUGGGUAUAUCUAAAGCUAACGUCAUACAGCAAGACAAUGGCAAAACUGGGAAGAAAACUCAGAUCUCCUGCCUCUGAGACCCCUCCUUUAACCCAAAACUAUUUUUAUUAUUAAAUUGGGUGUUUGUUAUUAGGAUGGGUAGGAUUAUUCACAGAGAGGAAAACCAGGUAUAUCAAGAUUGUGAUUUGCCUAUGGUCACCCGUAUUACAAUCUGUGAUCAAGUCUUGUGCUUUAUCUACAGGAGCAUUUUUGUUGCCUAAUAAUUACUUUUAGAAUCGUAGAGCUAGAUCAGGGGUCUCAAACACGCGGCCAGUGGCGCUCUUCUGUGCAGCCCGUCAAGCGCCCCACGUCCUCCUGCCCCUCUGCCCACCUCCAGGCCAGGAGUAGGCAAACUACAGUGACCCGUGGGAUUGCCCCCCGUGGCGCUGCGAGCCCUGCGCUGCUCCCUUAAGCAGCUGGCAGCACGUCCCUACGGGCCAGAAAGGGAGGGGGAAGCAUUGCCACCUUUCAAGGUACUGCCCUCCCGCAGCUCCCAUUGGCCGGGAACGGAACCGCAGCCAAUGGGAGCUUUGUCGGAGGUACCUGGAGAAGCUGCAGUUGAGCCCUGUGCCUACCCUCACUCCCCUAGGGGCUGUGGUUCCAGCGGCUUCCUGGAGGGGAACGGGGUCAGGAGCCUACAUGGCCCCCAUGUGUGCCACUGCCACUCCGAAGCCGCCCUAGCAGGGUGAAGCAGGGCUGCCCCCUCAGCCCCAUCGUCUUCAACCUCGCCAUGGAGCCGCUCCUGCGGGCGAUCGCCGAUGGUGCAGAUGGCUUCGACCUGCACGGCGAGAGGGUGAGCAUCUUGGCCUACGCGGAUGACCUGGUCCUACUCACAGACGGCCCCGAAAGGCUCCAGGGCAUGCUCAACAUCAUCGGGAGAGUCGCGGACUGGACGGGACUCUGCUUUAACGCCAAGAAGUGUGCGUCCCUCCAUGCUGACAGGAGUAGGACAGACUCGGUGCUGACGACGGAAUUCCUCAUCCAAGGCGAGUCUGUCAUCCCCCUGGUGGAGGGGCAGGCGUAUCAACACCUCGGCACGCCAACGGGUUUCCGCGUCCAGCAGACCCCCGAGGACACUAUCCAGGAGAUCCUGCAGGACACCGCCAAGAUCGACGCAUCCCUGCUGGCGCCGUGGCAGAAAAUCAACGCUCUCAACACUUUCCUCAUCCCCCGCAUCGCCUUUGUCCUGAGAGGAUCCGCCGUGGCAAAAGUACCCCUCAACAAAGCGGACAACGCCAUCCGGCAGCUGGUUAAGAAGUGGAUGUCCCUACCCCAGAGAGCCAGCAACGAGUUCGUCUACAUCGCUCACAGGCAUGGUGGCGCCAAUGUCCCUCGCAUGGGAGACCUCUGCGACAUCGCGGUCGUCACGCACGCCUUCCGCCUCCUGACUUGCCCGGAUGCCAUGGUAAAGAACGUGGCAAUGACCGCCCUGCGCGCCGCCACCGCGAAGCGAAUAGGCAGAGCUCCUUCCGACCAAGAUGUGGCCACCUUCCUGAGCGGCUCCCUGGACGGCGAAUUCGCCUGGGACAGGAGCGACAUGGCCUCGCUGUGGACCCGCGCCCGCAACGCCACGCGCCGAUUGGGAAAGCGACUGGGCUGCCGCUGGGUGUGGAGCGAGGAACGGCGGGAGCUGGGAGUCCUGGUACCACGGAUCGAGACAGAGGGUAACACCAUCGUCAGCCCCAGAGCUAGAGGCUUGCUGGAGAAGUCCUUGAAGGCUGCCGUCCACACGCUCUAUGUGGACACCCUGAAGAAAAAAACGGACCAGGGCAAGGCCUUCGAGGUCACCAGCAAGUGGGACUCCAGCAACCACUUCCUCCCUGCGGGCAGCUUCACCCGAUUUGCCGACUGGCGCUUCAUACACCGCGCCCGACUGAACUGCGUGCCACUCAAUGGAGCCAUCCGCAACAGGAACCCGGACAAGCGCUGCAGGAAGUGUGGGUAUGCCAUGGAGACCCUCCCCCACGUCCUGUGUAGCUGCAGGCCCCAUGCCAGAGCCUGGCAGCUGUGCCACAACGCCGUCCAGGACCGCCUAGUGAAGGCCAUCGUCCCUCACCUGGGAGAGAUCGCUGUCAACCGCACCAUCCCCGACACUGACAGCCCACUGCGCCCGGACAUCGUCAUCAUGGACGAGGACCGGAAAAAGAUCAUCCUCAUCGAUGUGACGAUCCCGUUCGAGAACAGGAUCUUGGCUUUGCGUGAAGCCCGAGCCCGCAAACUUGAGAAAUACGCUCCCUUGGCAGACGCCCUGCGGACAAAAGGCUGCGAGGUCUACACCGACUCUCUGAUCGUUGGGGCCCUGGGUGCCUGGGACCCCUGUAAUGAACGCGUACUUCGCACCUGUGGGUUGGGCUGUCGCUACGCGCGGCUCAUGAGACGCCUAAUGGUCUCAGACACUAUUCGAUGGUCUAGAGACAUUUACACAGAGCACAUCACCAGCCACCGCCAAUACCGAGUGUGAGCCGAUGUGACUCUGUGAACCCAUGAGGGGGAGGAAACUUGUGGACCUCCCCUGCUGGACUUUAUUCCCUGAGCCCUGAACCCACCCAACCGAACUCCACCAUGUGAAGGUCAUCCUAUCCCCAUUACCCAGCCCACUUAUCUUUACCCAUGACUGUCUGUAACCUGUAUGUAUGAGCGAUGUACCCCCACUGCUUCCUGACUGUAUCUUGAUCUCACCAACCGUACACCCCGCAUUGGGGACA